UCCAAAACCUGUUGUCGUGUUCCGAAGAACUUGCUGACAUUCAUUCUUUUUUUGUUGUUCUGCCUGUCUUUUUGUUGUGUAUUUGCUCAGCGUCUUUUUCUUGUUUUAAUUUUGAAGCAAGUUCUCUGCCUUAAAAGACGAAGGAAAUCAAGGUGAACCCAGGGUAGAAUGUGGCAAGACAGCGUGUCUCUGUUCUUGUCAGUUUUUGUGUUUGUGAUGGGCCAGGGGCUGCAGACAUCUUUCAGACCUCAGAACUGUACACUACAGUGCGUUUGUCAGCCUGAGGUGACUGUGGCAAAGAAAAUCUCCCUCCGAUGGUAUGAGGAAGAAACCUUGAGAGGUACCAGACUCAAAAGAGAACCCGUUCUCAUCUGGGGGUCCCCAGGAUGUGAAUAUUGCAGGAUUAGUAAAGAGGAUGUUGAAGCUACACUUGGCCUCACCUCUGCUGGUCUCUUUGCAGGGUGCAUGCCAUGGCUGUGUCAUUCUUUUUUAGGUCAGCAGAGUCCUGAGGUCUGCCAGCACUAUGUACAUGCUCCGCAGAAUGUCACCAUUGAGUUUGUAGAGUGUCAAAACCCUAGAUAUGAGACGGUUGUUGUGUCUUGGAACCCUAGCCAAUACGGUAUUGCUUUCUUGCGUGGUUUCCUCGUUUCCCUCCAGGCUUUAACUGGCACUCAGGUCACAUGCCAACUCUUCCUCCUUCAAAACAAUUUGUCACUCUCUGCUGUGCAUGCUCAAAGGGUGUAUUACUCUGAUCCUUUCACAGAUCUCUCGCUGGGUAUGCAGUAUGCUGUGACUGUGAUGGCUCUUCCAGUUCCUGAGCUCUGGGACAAAUUUUAUCAUACCAAAUCAUUUGUCACACGCUCAUGUCCUGAGAAAAAUGGCUUGGAGCACUGCAGAGCAGACUGGUAUCCCAGAUAUAUUGAAGUCAGCCAGGACAACAAGGAUAUUGUUGUGACUUUUAACUUGGCACCUAAGAAGUUGGGGAUCAAUCGCUAUUUUUCAUCAUGCUCUGGAGGCGGCUCAAGCAGCUUUGAAAUUAUUCAACCAGACUUCAGUACAAACAGCACUCAUCAUACAUACCGUUUGCUCAACCUACACUUAGAAACUAACUACACCUGUGAGAUUGCAGCAGACAUUGCCGAUGCCGUUAGGAAAACUUUCUUUGUUCAAUUACAGCAUAAUGUAAAAGAACCUUUAUCAUCCUUACACAAGGAGGGUCUCUCAUUAGCAAUACUGUUCCCUGUGGGUAUCUUACUAGCAGCCUUCUUAGCUAUCUAUGCUAUUUACUGGCAGAAAAAACAGCAGAAAAAAGCAGCAAACACUGAGAUAUCAGACAUGACUGAAUAUUAUGAUGAAUAUACACAUCAGUUUUUACCAACAGCCAACAGGACCAAACCCCCUCGACUCCUGAUUUGCUAUUCAAGCUGUGAUGGUUCUGCCCAUGUAAGGGUUGUCUUACAGUUGGCAACGUUUGUACAAAAGCAUAUGGCUGCGGAGGUAAAUUUGGAUCUGUGGGAUGCCUUAAGUAUGACAGAAGAGGGAGAUUUUGGGUGGUAUUGCAGGAAGAUAAAAGAAAGUGACUUUGUGCUCGUCGUCUGCUCAAAGGGUCUCAACCAGAGAGAAGUAGCAGCAGUGGACCAACAGGCAAAUUCCUCUCUAGCCAUUAUAGCGAUGAUUGGAGAAGAAAUAUUUCGUGCGAAAUCUCUUGGUCAGGACCUCUCCAAGUACAUGACUGCCAUUUUUGAGUAUUCAAAGAAGUCAGACAUCCCCACCAUGUUAACUUUGGCCUCUCACUAUAGUCUUCCAAAGGACUUGCCUCUGCUCUUCUCCCAUCUCCAUGGAGUUGCUUUGCAGAAGCCUGGAGCUUACCUACUGAUAGAAAACAUCUCGGAGAAUGGCUACUCUAAGCUGCCAGCUGGUGCAGCAUUACUGUUAGCUAUUCAAGAUGCAAGGAUACUGAUUGCUGGUUUGUAGCCAUCUGGCAAGAGAACUGAAGAGCUAGACAUAAAGUAACUAGAGAUAAGGGGAUGCAAGACACAAAUCCAAUUUGUUCAACUUGUAGGUUUUUCCACUGAAAUCAACCAAGGAAGUUCUAUGCUUGUACCUUAAAGAUUAUGCAGUCACUGCCGAGACACACACUUCAUGUUUGACAAACUGUGGCAGACAAAUGAUGCCAAAAUGCCAGACAGAUGAUGGUUAUAAAUGGUUAUAGAGAUUAAUACCUUCUGAGGCUUCUUUUAAGUUAACUGAUGCUCUCAUUAUAUCACAGUAAUACUGAUUUUUUCACUAACAAUCCAGGAGACUCUGUUUUCACACAAGGGCUUUUUACAUCUCAGAUGUACUCUUAUCCAGACAAGCUGAACAAAUUAACUGCUUGCAUCAUCAAAGGCCGAUCUGUUGAUCCCGAUGAGCUGAAGUCAAUACUUGGCUGGCCCAGUCUACAGGCAUGCCACGAAUAUCUCAAAUGUGUGCUUGUUUACAAGUCUUUCCAUCAAGGUGCCAUACCAUGGAAAGAUUUGUAAACGAUGGUUUACAAAUCGGCAUGGUGGUGUUAACACUGUUGCCUCACAGCAAGAAGGUUCUGGGUUCGAGCCCACACAGAAAGGCCCCCGUCGGCCGCUGGAGCUUGCAUGUUUUCCCCGUGUCUACGUGGGUUUCCUUCGGGUGCUCCGGUUUCCCUCACAGUUCAAAGACAUGCAGUUAGGUUAACAUGGGUGGCCUUGGGCUGAAGUGCCCUUGAGCAAGGUACCUAACCCUAGCUGCUCCCAGGGCGCUGUAGUAUGGCUGCCCACUGCUCUGGGUGUGUGUGUGUGUGUGCUCACUUGUGUGUGCAUGUGCUCACUGCUUCAGAUGGGUUAAAUGCAGAGGAUGAAGUUCACUGUGCUUGAGUGUGCAUGUGACAAAUAAAGGCUGCUUCUUCUUCAUCAUA